UGAGUUUUUUCUAGUCACUGUCUCUCUUCACAAGUGUCUUUUACAGCGAGGCCUUUGUAUCGACUGAUGUCCCAAUGAAUACUAUGGCUUGAAAACGGACAAGUUUCUACUAGGGCUGGGCAAAAAAAUAAAUAAAUAAAUAAAUUGAUAAAUCAAAUUUGAAGUUCAAAUCGAUUUAUUUGGAAGAAAAUAGAUUUUUAUUUUUUCCCCUCUUUUUUUACAUUGAAAAUUGCAUUGAAAAUGCAAAAGAUGCUCCUCACUACAGUCACAGGGAGCAGAGUUUAGCACAGGGCCAUGUGCUGACUGCUUUGUUUUAUCUCAUUCAUAGACGAUUUAGCCGAGUGGCCAAUGGGUUAAACAUGAUCUCUUCCGAAUACAAUCAUUUUAGUUUUGACAAUUUUCUGUAGUUUACAGAACAUUGACAAUUUUAUUUUUAGGCAAAAUCGCCCAGCCCUACUUUCUAUUUUAUAUGAGAACAGGUUUUCCCUCAACAUAGUACCAAUCAUUUUGCUUCUAAAAUGGAGGCUACAGAACCAGUACCAAGUCUAAACUCGGCCUAUGUCCCCUCUGCUUUGGUGGACAAUGACUCUUCAGAGGAAAAUACAGACCAAAGUUUAACUGCGUCUCUGCUGCCCAAUCACUCCCCUGUCCCUCUACCUGUACACUACAGCCCCAAAGACUCCUAUAAUUUAGUCUACAUUAUCUUCUUCCUAAUGGGCAUUGGCUCCUUGUUGCCCUGGAACUUCUUUAUAACAGCGAAACACUACUGGCUCUACAAACUCAGUAACCACAGCUUUCCCAACAAACCAGACGAGGAGCGGUCCGAACUCAGCGACUAUUUUGAAAGUUAUUUGGCCAUCACCUCCACUGUGCCCUCUGUGCUGUGUUUGAUACUCAACUAUGUCCUUGUUAACAGGUUGUCUCCAAAAGCGCGUAUACUGUCCUCCCUGAUUGUGAUCCUGGUGAUCUUUGUAGUGACCACUAUCCUAGUGAAGGUGGACACAUCCAACUGCACCACAGAGUUCUUUGUGGGAACUUUAGUGAGUGUGGCCAUUGUCAGCGGAGCCUCAAACCUAUUCACUGGCAGCGUAUUCGGCAUCACAGGGCACUUUCCCAUGAGGAUCUCCCAGGCUCUCAUCUCAGGCCAGGCCAUGGGAGGAACUGUGAGUGCUCUUGCGUCGAUCAUCGACCUCGCAGCUGCAAAAGAUGUGACUGACAGUGCCCUGGCUUACUUUCUGACAGCAGACGUCUUCAUCCUCCUCUGCAUCGCCACGUACCUUCUGCUGCCCAGACUGGAAUAUUCAAGGUCAACACUACUGUUGACCGCAGAAUGCUCCAAUUCAGUUGUGAUCAAUGAGACGGGGAGCAGAGCCAAAGUAUCUACCCCACCUCUGCAGCCCAUUCUCAGAAAGACUUGGGUCCUCGGUCUGUCUGUCUUCUAUGUCUUCUGCAUCUCCAUCACGGUCUUCCCUGCAGUGUCCUCUGGGAUCCAGUCUGUCAACAAGGACAGUGGCAGCCCCUGGACCACCACAUACUUCACGCCUCUCACCAGUUUCUUCCUCUACAACGCAGCAGACUUUUGUGGCAGACAGGCGACAGCUUGGCUACAGGUACCAGGACCCACCAGUCGGGUUUUGCCUGCUCUUGUCCUAUGUCGCUCAGUUUUGGUACCACUCUUAAUGUUUUGUAACUAUCAGCCAAGGGACUACCUCCACUCAGUGUUAUUCACACAUGACGCAUUCCCCAUAGCCUUUAACUGCCUCCUAGGACUUUCCAAUGGCUACCUUGGUACUCUGCCAAUGAUAUAUGGGCCAAAAGUUGUGUCACGAGACUUGGCAGAAGCCACUGGAGUUGUAAUGUCAUUCUUUCUAGCAUUGGGACUGGCAGUUGGAUCUGCCUUCUCUGUACUCAUUGUGCACUCUAUCUGAAUACAUCUUUAUUCAGAUACAGUGCACAAUGCACUGUUCGGAUUUGUAAUGUGGCAUAGCUAAACAUUGUUGAACCAAAUAGACUCACCAACUUAAGUGAACUGGUAAAACUUUAGCUACUGUUAUGACCACAGAUGUUGAUUUUAAGGUACCGAUAGUGCUAUAGGUGCUACUGAUCAAGAAGCAUUAGUAAUGUAAUUGUGUACAUGUUUACAUGGAUCAGCAUGUCAGUCAAAUUGUGAUUUCAUUUUGACCUUCAUGCAUUUGAUCUCACGUUGUACUUCUAUUUUUAGAAGUGUUAUGGUAAAUGUGAAAAAAAAAUGAAUUAAGAUUUGUAAUUGGUCUCCAUUCUGCAAUAAACUUAUCAGUGCCAAAUAAA